AUGGCACAAUUGCUUCUCUUCCCUGAUCCCGUUCCCAGGGAUUUUUCGAUUCGCUACCAUCAUAUCGAAUCCCCAAAACCAUCAGAAGAUCCACUCCACAAUCCGUGGUUUCCAUCUUCGUCAUCUUCGCCUCAUCCUGAAACUGUUACAGAGAACACCCGCGUUGAGUCUGGAAGAGAUCCACGUCACAUAACUGAAGACUCGAUAGAAGAGAACGGAGAAGAACGGAUAGCACACUUUGAAUAUUACGAAGGUGCAGAAGAGUUUCCCAUCAAAGUGCCUCCAGAGCAGACAGCAGCUCUAAUACACCAAUCCCCGGCAAAUCUAAAUAUGGCAGUUCUGCCAGGCCGCUGUGUGCGUGCCUUCCUGGAUUCAUUCGCUCUGAUAAUCAGUUUAGCCCUAGUAAUCCUUCAAUUUGGUUUAUUAGACUGGUACUAUCUGAAUGUCACAGGAGAGAAUGUAUGGGCUGCUUGGAUAGGACCAGAUUGUGUUGUGGUGCUGAUCCUGGGUGUGCUAGGAGUCUUGGCAAUCAAAUUCAAUGCAGUUCAAAUGGAAGAGUGUUGUUCUAUUGAUAGCCGAGUAAAGUACGCCUGCUUUGCUUGGGGAGUCUACGCUGUCAUUCUCAUUGCCAAAGUUGCCACGUGUUUCCGCCUGUUCUACGAAGACAUUCCACCGACUCCUCUGGAUAACAACGACAAGCUUUUCGAUGAUUUCCUCUUCAAAGCCGGACUGUCUCUUUCCGUUUUGAUCUUCCUGUUCAUUUUUGAAUCCCACCAUUACACUCCAUUGGUCUCCGUUCGUCAGGUGUACAUCUCAUACCUUGUCGCUGCCAUUUGUCUGGAUCUCAUCGAUAACAUUUAUUUCUUGGACCUUCUUUGGCAAGCAUCGAAAGACAAAUGGAACUUGGAACUCUGGUUGGAGCUGACCAUCCUCAUUGUCGCCUGCAUCAACUUCUUCAUGCCCACCUUCGCCCUUGCCAAACUCCGUUACGCCAAAGUGCCCCGCUUCCUUCUUGUCAGCGAGAAACUCUGGGCCUUCCUCUACGUUCUUCUUGUCAAUGGACCAUUCCUGGGACUCCGUAUCUAUCUCUACAUUAUUCUCGAAGUUCAGCAACACGGAAAGAAGUUCGAUCCAUCCCUGUUCGCCGUUAAGAACAUUGCUAUGAUCUACAUUGCUCUUCGAGAGCUCUGGACACGUCUUCAAUAUUGGAGAAUGAAGCGUCGUGCUGCUUUGAGCAGAAAUGAACUUGCCGCCGCCAUCCACCACCAGGAUGAAGAACAAUAA